CUUGUCUUUAGAACACAUUCUCAGUUAAGCAACCCUAGGCCCUUGAAGAAAAGAAAAAAAAGGAUAAAGAAAGCCCCAUCCUAAUGCAUGGAGCUUGUGUGCAGUCGUAGUAAUUACUAGCUUUAAAAAGAUUUUUGUUUCUUCAACAUUUUUUAGUGAGAGAGAGAACUCAAAUUCCACAGCCCUAAUUAAAUUUCCUUUGACCAAAAUGUUCCCUGCCAGUAACAGUACUGGAAACCCUCCUCCUCACCCCUCAUUAUCCUUUCACAGCUCCUCUCCCUUUCUUGGCCUCAAUGGCAACCAAAUUCUCCUUCAUCAUCACCAAAAUCAGUUCUCUUCUCAUCACUUUGCUAAGAAUAACAUGACACUCUCAGCAAACAAUAUUAUCAACUCUCCAAAUUACCAUCAAAAUCAUAGUGAUAAUUCCUUAAGGUCAUUUCCCAUCAACAAGAAACCCAAGAAAAGGGAGAGGUCUAGUAAAAUUUUAACAUCUCAAGGUCCAAGAGAUCGAAGAGUGAGAUUGUCCAUUGCCAUUGCUCGAAAGUUCUUUGAUCUUCAAGAAAUGCUAGGUUUUGACAAACCAAGCAAAACCCUUGAUUGGCUUUUCAGUAACUCCAAACUAGCCAUUGAGGAACUCACUAAUUGGUCAACUCAUCAGGAUCAUGACCCGAAGAUUGCAGGAGCAACGAAGUCGAGCUGCGAUGAGACUGCCAAACAUUGUGCUUCAGAUUGGGAAGACCUGGCCAUAACAACAAAUGAGGGUUUAGAAAGAAAGCCCAAAAGAUUAGCAAAAGAAAAGAAAGAAGUAAAAGAUGAGGCAACAGAUCUUGCCCUAGUGGUAAGAGAGUCAAGGGUCAAAGCAAGAGCAAGAGCUAGGGAAAGAACAAUCAAGAAAAUGUGGAGUAGAAUUGAAACUAGCCAGAGGUCAACUUCUCGGUUGAUCAAAUCUAGUUUCUUUUUGAAGAAGGAUAUAAGGGAAAUGGAAGAACAAUUUUGUAAGAACAAAUUACAAGCAAGUCAAGAAAUAGCAAAUAAGGAAAUAAUUCAAGGAUCUGGAGUUACUAAAAUUAAGACCAAGCCUUCUUUAAUCUUGGGUUUUCACCCAAAUUUCUAUGCUCCUAUAGAGUCAUCAACUACCCACUAUGGUAGCUCUUCUUUCAACACUGAGAAUUGGGACAAAGGCACAACUUCAGAACUUCAAGGUCGCUGGAAACAAUUGGACUCAUGUCACAGCAACCAAAUCUAAUAUGGGAACAAUAUAAGCUAAAUUAAACUUUCUUGUUUUUAAGGUAUGAUUCUUCAUAUAGGUGCUUUGUUUCUUUCUCCGUCCUCUCUCUCCACAGGUACGGAAUGUGGUCUUUGGUUGUGGGCGAAUUUAAAAUUUAGGUUUUAUGGGUUGUAAGCUUUAUAUUCUCACCGAUGAACUAUUAGACUUUUGCAAU